AUGUUUUACUCUUUCUAUCCAUUUCUAGCGUUCUCCCAAUUUUGCCCACUCUCUCUAUUCGUCCCGUUUUCUCGGUCUCUCCCUAUUAACUCUUACUCUUUCUUCUCUUUCCUCCACUCAGUCAUUUGGUUCUGCUACUCUCCUCUCACUUCUACCUGCUUUAUUAACCCUCUCUUUACUUUUCAACCUUCUCCUGCUUACACUCUUGAUUCCUCUCUCUUUGUUAGCUAUUAUCGACACUCUCCUCCCCCUGCUACGCAAUCACUGCUCUCUUUAUUUACUUAUCUAUCUUCCAUUUUUUUUCACUCUCUUACGCUCCAACCAUAUUAUCGCCCCCUGUUGAUUCUUUACCUUUUUUUUUUUUUAAAUAGCUUCCCCUCUCAUAUUCCUUUUCUCUAUUUAGUGACGUUCUUGCUGCUUUUAUUUUCUCUCAUCUACUCUCUCUUUGUUACUCUCUCUUAUUUACUACUUAUUUUUUUAUACCUCCAUAUUAAACCUUUGACUUCUUUCUUCGCUUCUAUUACUCACCUCUUAACCCUAAUCAGUGCCAUUCUCUCGUUUUUUUAUUCUCUCAUGCUUUUUCUCUUCAAUUGCCCCGUCUCUUCUUCCUCCAAACUUCUUUUCAUAAAUAUUAUUUUUUUCUUUUCUUCUCAGCAGCAAUUUUAA